CGUCGCAUUAGCCUCGCAAAAUUUCAUUCCACAACCUUUUCAGCGCAAAGGGUGAGCAUAUGACAUCUCGUUUACCACGCUUGUGGCAACCGGGCAACCCGCAGCGACAUGUGUUUCUGCCGGAUUUCUGGAUUGCCGUCGCUUCAAACUCAUCCGUGGGACGAACGAAAUUGCCUAGAAACUGCGUAAAAUUCGAAGUGGAUCCUCGCAUGUCAAAACGAGACGUUCGCGAUUACCUCGUCAAAAUUUACAAUUUACCAGUGAGGGAUGUGCGAACUGAAAAUAAAAUGGGAGAUAUCUUGUGGAGCACACCCGCUGAUCCUCAGUAUAAGAAAGCAAUGUGGAAGGAUGUUGACAAGAAGUUCGCUUACGUUUUCAUGAAGAAAGGUUUUGAAUUCACCGUCCCUGAUAUAUUCCCUGAGGAUGAGGAAGAAGUUGAAUUGCAAAAGGUGAAAGAACAACAAGAACGACUGACGGAGAAUAGCAAAUUUAACAAUCGUGAUAGAAAUAACAUUGGUGAGUUCUUUGGGGUGUGAAUUUGUAGAAUUGCUCAUCUAGGUUGUUCAAGAAUAGCGCAGUUUUACUAGUUGUCGGUUGUUUUCUACUUUCCAUUCCAAAUUAUUUGGAGCACCAGUAUAGCGUACA